UUUCCAGGAAACUUUGGAAAUACAAUGGCGGGGGGUAUAUGAAUGUCAGGGUGUCGUGGGUAAAAGUUGUCGUUUCUGUUUGAGUAAGAGGAGGGCCACAAAGGAAAGCAGGUAGAAGUUAAUUUUUCCAUUGGUAUCUUCAUUUUAAUUAGAAAUCGCUACAGCUCACAUUGCUAUAUGAACCCUGUGCUCCUGCUUGUGGUUCUAGGGGUCACUCACUGCAGACCGCGGUGGGUGUCUGGGCGGGCGUGCAGACUCUAAACUCUUGCAAAGUGUGGCUGGUGGUAGGUUCUGGCCGGGGAACGUCUUUCUCCGAGCAUGAUUUCUGCGUCUUUACUUCGAGCUAUUCAGUGCACAGAGAAGCUACACAGCUCCCCUGGGAAGCGACUGCUUUUGCUCCAGCUGGUCCCCUUUAACAAAGCCUAUAUUAAGACGUGGCCAUGUUUGAGGUGGGGGCUCCUGGAGCAAAGGGAAGUUGUACUGCAACCUAGACGCAUCCUUAGGGUCACUCAGAAAGGCAUCUGGACUCAGGGAAACAAAGCCCUGAGAGCAGAAGAGGACGGCAGCAAACAAGUGUCUGUGCAGAAAAGUCAGAGGGGAGGACCUGCUCUUUCAACUUCACAGAGAGUGAAAGAAGCUGGAAGAGAUUUUACCUAUUUAAUAAUAGUGCUUAUUGGAAUCAGUGUCACAGGUGGCUUAUUCUAUGUGAUUUUCCAAGAACUUUUCUCCUCAUCCAGUCCUAAUAAGAUUUAUGGAAAAGCCUUAGAAAAAUGCAGAUCUCAUCCAGAGGUAGUCAGUGUUUUUGGUCACAGCAUUAAAGGUUAUGGGGAAUCAACAAGGCGAGGUAGAAGACAACAUGUCAGUCAUAUUGAAUAUGUAAGAGAUGGGCUAAAGUACAUGCGUCUGAAAUUCUACAUUGAAGGCUCAGUACCAGGGAAGCAAGGAACAGUGCAUCUUGAAAUGAAAGAGAACCCCGAAAGUGGCAAAUACGAAUUUCGCUAUAUAUUUGUGGAUGUUGAGGCCUUUCCUAGAAGAACCAUUGUUAUUGAAGAUAAUCGAUCCUGAGAGAACUAAAAGAAUUAAGCAACUCUGAUAUGUUCUACUAUGUCACAUAGUAGGGAAUCAAACUAUUCUGAUUUUCACAGUUCUCUUUGUGAGCCUAUUAUGAAUAAGACAUAAAAAAGAUGUUUAAUAAUGAGGGGAUUUAUGUUGCAUAAGAGUGAUAAUAUUAGAGAUCUUCAGUUGGACAAACCAUGAAAUAAAGUGCUUCUAUAUUUUAUCCAAGUGAA